AUACCCGGAAAUGCGAGCUCACACAGAAACAACAGUUUACACGUGAAGAAUUAUCCGAUGUAGCGAAGAGAUAAACACCAGUUAAAUGAUAAUACUAACUACUCAGAAUGUACAGCGGACUGCUGCCUAAAGGGUUUACCGAUGACGACCUCAGUGCAGACGAGGAGGAAGAUGUAGACGAGGAGAAGCUUUCUGCUGCUGAUGCAGCGACUGCAGCAUCCCUGAUCCCGGAUCUCCCGGCCAGUGAUUCUGUCAUCGAUGCUCCUAUCGAUGCUCUGAUCGAUAAUCCUGCAUGCAGCCUGCCUGGGGUUUCCCAGGACAUGUGGCAGAAAUUCCAGGAGCUCCGGAAGAAGAAAGAAGAAUUUAAGGCAACAAAAAUCCCCCAAAGAAGAAAAAGAAGAAGACACAGGAAAGGAACAAAAAGUGAAGAGCCAGCAGAGAUGAGACAGCAUCAAGAGAAGCAGGAGAAACACUGGAACGAGCUUACGCAGUAUUUUGGUGUGAAUGAUCGAUUUCAACCCCCUGCCUGCUCCAAACCCGCUCCAAAGUCCGGCCUAGAAAGGAACAUAGAGAAGUCCAUCGCUGAAGGGGACUUUGAAAAGGCGGAGGAGAUGAGUGACAGACUCGCCACUCGAGAGAUGGCUGUGAAAAUCACCAAAGCUGCUGAUUGCCGGGAUUUUGUGAAGCUCAAGCAGGAAGAGGAGGCUCUGUUGGCGGCGCAGAAGAGGAAGAAGGACAUACCCUGGGGGUUCGAGGCAAAGAAACGAUGGGAAACCAAAAGCAACAUGGGCUACAUGUGACAAACAUGGAGGAGAAGUUCAUUUGAUAUUUUGUUUUUAAGCAGACUGAUCGUGUUUCUUCUUAUUCUUUUUGUAUAUUUGAAAGUCUUUCCACUUAGCCGCAUGUGAGGGGGAGAAGCCAGUCAGUUGGCUGAGAGCAAACCAAUCCAGAGGAAAAAAAAAUUAUGGAGCAUUCAAAUUAAUUCCUAAGGCGCCCAAUGGUGUCUGCAUUGUGUUAUUUUUCAUUACAUUUCAGUGAUUUGAGCGCUCUGACCCUUUUUUCCCUUCAAAUUAAAUCUGGUGUACAUUACA